AUGCGAAGGCGGCCGAUGUGCGGCCACCGACGGCAGGGUCGCGAUGGCCUGCCCCACGAGAAGGCAGAUCCUGCCCAGGUGCAACGGCUGCGCAACAUUCUGACGCCACCGGACGACAAGCAGGAGAUCUGGAGGCGGCACCGCGAGGACAAGACGACCAAAUGGUUCGGCGUGGUACGCGACCCGGCCGGUCGACCGUACCUGGAGGACUACGGACGCUAUGCGAGUCUACGGAUGACGCGGCUGAAGGUCGCCGGCCGUCAACAAUCUCCACAGCUUGUCUCAUUCAUCGGCGUGACGAACGCCGGAAAGUCGAGCUUGAUCAGCAUGUUGAUCCAACACGAGUCGGUUCAUCAUGAAGACCACUUUCCUUCUCCGGUCGUCGGCAGCACGACACACGACAGCGUGCCCACGUCUGGCGAUGUUCAUCUGUACUUAGAUCCACUACGGUCCAACGACGACCGACCCAUCAUGUACGCCGACUGCGAAGGUUUCGAGGGUGGGGAAAAGCCCCCCAUGGGCUCGCAGGAGCACAUUCGCAUCAGUCAAGGCCAUGGCGAUGACGACCUGGAUGCUUACAGGCGACCGAUACGCUGGGCGAACAGGGACGACUUUCGCCAACGCGAGUAUGCUGUCACUGCGCUGUACCCUCGCUUACUGUAUACGUUCUCUGACUGCGUGGUGUUCGUACUGCGUAAUCCCAAGACCUUCCAGUCUUCCGUGCUCACGAGACUCCUGGAGUGGGGCGCGACCGCUAUGGAAAGAUCGAUCAACCAGCCGACGCUGCCGCAUUGCGUCAUCGUCCUCAAUGGUAGCGAUCCUGCCCUCCCACCCGAAGAAUGGGACGUGGGUACGGCCCGGAGGAGCUUGCUCUCGACGCUCGACGGCGCACUAGACCGCGUGCCACGCUUCCGCGAGCUCGCUGCCCUCUGGCGAGCACGUGGUUACCACGUGGAAACCGCAGAAGAACUCAUUCUACGCUACUAUGGCUCUUUCCAAGUGGUCCGGGUUCCUCUUCACCCGCACUACGGUGUGAUGGAUGAGCAGAUCGCGAAGCUUCGAGCGCUAGUCCACGAGGCCUGUGAGCGGUCAUGGCUCGCCAAGUGGGCCGCCAAUCUGGACCUGGACGCCGACGAAUGGCACACGUAUCUGCAGAGCGGAUUCGAUCACUUCACGGCCCACAUCGACAUUCCCUUCGACCUGAUGCAGACCUCUUUGAUGCGGAAUCCCAUCCCCUCGAACUUCAGCGACCACGUCCUGCAGUUGUGCAAGGCCCUCUCCGCUCCUUCUGAGACGCCGAAGCGGAAGACGGUGACACGGACAUUCGACCGGAUGGCGAAGAUGGUUGCGUCGUGCGUGAUGAUGUACUGCGUGCGCUCCAAGAAAGGACGCUUCUUUCACCAGUCCCUCGGCGAUGUCCCGAACGGCCUCCGGCGCGCUAUCGACAUCUACCGCGAACGUUACUCCCGCUGCUUGUACAGAAGCCCGGACGGGACGCGAGCCUGCAUGCUGAUGCGCGCUGGCCAUAGUGCUAAGGGCCACCAGGAUCUCCUCGGCGUGAUCGCUCCGGGAGAUCACCAGGCCGUCCUGGGCGAAAACUUCGGCCUUUCAUGGACUGCACAGAUCGAAGCCACGCUGACAGAGUUCUCGGAAGUGUGCACAAAGGCGAGGAUCGACUCCUUGGGGGGGAGGGAGCGGACAGAAGAGCAGACGGCUCUGCAACUACACAAGUCCAAUACGAAGGACUUCUUCGACGACGUCGGAUCGGAUGUCACGAGCCACGUGACGUGCUUUGCGUGUCUCAUGGACACCCCUGAGCACAUCCUUCCGUGCGGUCAUGUCCUCUGCACCGCAUGCGUUGGUGCGUGGGGCCACGCAUACCGAUGUUCGGUAGCGAUCGACUUCUGCCCCGUGCACUCCGACUACGUGGACCCGGUCGCGAUCUUCCCUGUCAAACCGGCCGGCGCCGGAGUCCGCAUCCUCGCUUUGGAAGGCGGAGGGGUGCGCGGUGUGAUACAGCUCGAGUUCUUCGCCGCGAUCGAGCGUGCAAUGGGGAACCACAUGGCAGUACAGAAGUUCUUCGACCUCAUCGUGGGCACGGGCACGGGAGGGCUGGUGGCAACGAUUCUGAGCGCAGAAGGACAGAGUGUUCAAGAAGGUCGAAACACUUUCAUUGCGAUUUGCGAGAGGGCAUAUGGCAAAAAACAGCACAUGCUCUCUGGUUGGCUGCUGGGCUCGACGACAAAAUCGCAAUAUGCAGCGGAGCCAUUGUACGAGGCCACAAAAGAAGCCUUCGCGGAUGCCCUAUUCUUCGGAUCUCCUGGACACUUUUCGCCGGGCUCGAGGGUGGCCAUUCCGUGUGUGAGUGAGGGAAGGGAUCAGACGGUGGUCCUCGCAAAUUAUCGCAGAGCCCCGGACGACACGACGCCGUAUACGCUGCAUAGACCUCACGGUCCUGAAACAGAGCUGAAGGUCUGGGAGUGUGUCUGCGCGGGAAUGGCGAACACGACUCACUUCAAGCCGUUUUCGAGCGGCGAUCAUCUCCUCGUCGAGGUGGGUGUCACCGAGCUCUUCAAAUUUGCUAAAAGAGAGGCCAGGGCCACCUGGCCUGACCGCGAAGAGCCGGACAUAUUUCUAUCCAUCAGCACAGAGGGCCGGUCUGCGCGUUCAAGCACCCCAACGCACGGCUCCCAGUUCUCAAACUUGGAGCGACUACUCUCGCCGUACCUACGACACGCUCACGGGAAAGUCUGCGAAGGAAAGGCGGCACAAGCGGCCUGUCAGGAAGAUCGUUCCGAGCGACGUGUCAGGCGCCAGCGAGAGAAUGGAGACUGGGAGAUGCGCCUCCACGUCCCACUGGACGAGAGUCUUCCGCCAGCGGAUAGCGUGGCGGACUGCGAGUCGCUCCGAGACACGGUCCGGAAACGCCUGCAACAGCCUUAUUUGCUCGCAGCUGUACAACGCGUGGCGAGCUAUCUCCUCGCAACAUAUUUUUAUCUCCAUGUCGAAUCGGACGUCAGCGACCGCAGUCCAGGAUCAGCGUAUAUCGCUUGCCGUCGGGACGACGGUCAUCCCGAAACGAUGAAGCUCGGCAAGAUCCUGAGGGAGAAGUGGACCAGAGACUUCAGUCCGUAUUUCUGUUCGCCUGCUUUACGAGACGAACAAGGCGAACCCUUCAAGUUCGAUCUGUCGCACGAUAUACUCACACAUAUGGCACAGCACGGGGAACUUGCCCCAAACAAGGUUCCCUUGGAUCGAUUGCUGCGGGGCGAAGAGUCGGUUUCGGUGUACCUUGUGCUCUCCCCGAAAGGCGACCGCAAAUUCCCCAUCAGUGGCAUGCCCUACGUCAUCCGACCUCGGGCGUGGAAGCCCGACCACUUCAACGAAACGGAUCAGCCCGUUCGGGACGGGUACGGGCACUCCCGUACAUCGUCUCAUAGUUCUGUGGCCACCGGACCUCCACACCGUCAGACGGUCUUUGACUCGCCUGGGGAAAGCCAUCGGAGCCGGCUCAGCUCGUCAAGCAGUAUGUGGAGCAGGAGCCGGCCGAGUCGGCACUCCACGACCGGGCCCGAAGACGUGCGGAGGAGCGAGGAGAACAUCGGACAUGUCGACGACACGUCCGUCGAGAUGACGCCCGGCGCGGCCGAUGAGCGCGGUCAAAGAUCAUCGCUGACCAACGCCAGAAGUUGUCAGCGGCACAGGCGGCCAGACCCUGCCUCGGGCUCUAGGAGCGCACGCAGACAUUCCGCCGUCGAAGGCGAAGCACUUCCGCCUCGCGAGCCGACCAGAGCUGAGACUUCACGACCAUGGCGAGGUGGUGGACUGCAUGCAUUCUCACUCGCCGACGAACAUGCCUCUCAGCGAGCAAGCGUACGCGAAAUCGAGGGUGAUAUUAGGAUCGGGCUCGACGACGCGAUUGACAGAGCAAUCAACGAGUUCGGAGCGCCACCGACGACCCGUUGA